UCCAACGACUAGUUAAGAAGGAAGCGUUACCUUUGUCGUUUUCUUAAGCUUAUUGCGGUAUAUUUUGGAAUACUCUGCAAUUGUUGGUAUCAUUUCGCGCCACGGUCACGCUGCUCGCAGCCACAAGAAAUUGCCCUCCCCCGAAAAAGCGGAAAAAAGAAAUUGCGUGAGCUUUAAAAAGGCUUAUAAUAAAUAUAACUAAGUUAAUAACAGUUCGACAUCCCGCUUUUUUACCGCUCCCGAGGAGAUAGCAACAACAGCCAGAAAACCCAAUAGACUAGUACUGUCUAGUAAUUACGCAAAAAUUCCAUUACUCACACAUACAGACGCACGAUCUGCAGAAAGAAACCGAAAGUAAAUUAUAUAGAGAAGGAAAAAAAAAGCGCUAAAAUGACUUCCGAUAUAACCAUGCAAUUGAUUGCCAUUUUGGAGAAGACGGUGUCGCCAGACAAAAAUGAACUGCUUUCUGCUAAGAACUUUCUGGAGCAGGCCGCGGCCUCCAAUCUGCCCGAAUUCCUUAAGGCGCUGUCGGAGAUCCUGGUGAACACGACAAACAGUGCAGUGGCAAGAAUGGCAGCCGGUCUCCAGCUAAAGAAUCACCUGACCAGCAAGGACGAGAAAAUCAGCCAACAGUACCAGGAGCGCUGGCACCAGUUUUCCAGCGAGAUCCGCGAGUUGAUUAAGAAUAACAUCCUUGCCGCUUUGGGUACUGAGAACACUCGUCCUUCUUGUGCCGCCCAGUGCGUGGCCUAUGUGGCGGUGAUUGAGCUGCCAAUGAACCGAUGGGCCAUGCUUAUCCAGACACUGGUGAACAAGGUGGUCAGCGAGGGUUCCAGCGAAAUGCAUCGUGAGGCGGCUCUAGAAGCGAUUGGCUACAUCUGCCAGGACAUUCGUUUCGGCGUGCUGGAGAACCAGUCGAACGACGUUCUUACUGCCAUUAUACACGGCAUGAGAAAGCUGGAGCCGAGCAACCAUGUUCGUUUGGCGGCCACAACGGCACUCCACAAUUCGCUGGAGUUCACCAAGUCGAACUUCGAAAAGGACAUGGAGCGCAACUUCAUCAUGGAGGUGGUGUGCGAGGCCACUCAGAGCCAGGACUCGCAAAUCUGCGUAGCCGCGCUUCAGUGUCUGGUGAAGGUGAUGACCCUUUACUACCAGUUCAUGGAACCCUACAUGGCGCAGGCCCUUUUCCCCAUCACUUUGGCGGCCAUGAAGUCCGACAACGAUGCGGUCGCCCUGCAGGGAAUUGAGUUUUGGUCGAACGUUUGCGACGAGGAGAUCGAUCUGGCCAUCGAGAGCCAGGAGGCCACGGAUCAGGGCAGAGCUCCGCAACGGGUAUCCAAACACUACGCCCGCGGUGCCCUGCAAUUCCUUACGCCCGUUCUCGUCGAGAAGCUGACCAAGCAGGACGAGUGCGAUGACGAGGACACCUGGAGUCCGGCGAAGGCCUCUUCCGUCUGCCUGAUGGUGCUGGCCACCUGCUGCGAGGAUGAAAUCGUGCCGCAUGUGCUGCCCUUCAUAAAGGAGAACAUCGACUCGCCCAAUUGGCGAUUCCGCGACGCUGCAGUGAUGACUUUUGGUUCUGUGCUCAAUGGGUUGGAGACCAACACACUGAAGCCGCUCGUGGAGCAGGCUAUGCCCACUUUGAUCAAGUUGAUGUACGACACCAGUGUUAUUGUGCGCGACACCACUGCCUGGACUUUCGGACGCAUCUGCGAUAUCAUUCCCGAGGCUGCCAUCAACAAGACGUAUCUCCAGACUCUGUUGGAAUGCUUCGUGAAGAGCUUAAAGUCGGAGCCGCGUGUGGCAGCCAAUGUAUGCUGGGCCUUCAUUGGUCUCUCAGAUGCUGCAUACGAAGCAGCGGUCACCACCGAGGGCGAGACCCCGGAGACCUAUGCUCUGUCUCCGUACUUCGAGUACAUUAUCAACCAGUUGCUGGAGACCACCGAUCGAUCGGAUGGAGCUCAGGCCAAUUUGCGGGGAGCUGCUUAUGAGGCACUCAUGGAUAUGAUCAAGAACUCGCCGCUGGAUUGCUAUCUAGUGGUGCAGCGCACCACGCUGGUGAUUCUGGAGCGUUUGCAUCAGGUGAUGCAGAUGGAGACGCAGAUCAACAACCACAGCGACCGGCAUCAGUUCAACGAUCUGCAAUCGCUCCUGUGCGCCACUCUGCAAAGUGUUUUGAGAAAGGUCCACGAGCAGGAUGCCCCGCAGAUUUCCGAUGCCAUCAUGACCGCCCUCCUGACCAUGUUCAGUUCGAGUGCCGGAAAGUCGGGUGGUGUGCAGGAGGAUGCCUUCCUGGCUGUUUCUACACUGGUGGAACUUUUGGGUGGGCAGUUUGCCAAGUAUAUGCCAGCCUUUAAGGACUGCCUCGUCAUGGGUCUGAAGAAUCACCAGGAGUACCAGGUGUGCUGCGCUUCGGUCGGUCUCACCGGCGACAUAUUCCGCGCAUUGAAGGACCAAAUGGUGCCCUACUCCGACGAGAUAAUGUCCGUCUUGAUGAACAACCUUUCCGAACCGACUUUGCAUCGCAGCGUCAAGCCGCAGAUCCUUUCGGCCUUUGGGGAUAUAGCAUUGAGCAUUGGCAACCACUUCCUGAAAUAUCUGAGCGUGGUUUUGGAGAUGUUGCGAGCCGCGACCACUCUGCAGCCGGACGCCAACAACUACGAAAUGAACGAGUACGUCAACGAGCUGCGCGAAAGUGUUCUGGAGGCCUACACUGGUAUUAUCCAGGGCCUCAAGGGCGUCGACCAGACGGCUCAUCCCGACGUGAUGCACAUGGAGCCCCAUCUGAUGCACAUCAUUACCUUCAUCAAGCGCAUUGCUCAGGAGGGCGAUGUCUCUGACUCGAUGAUGGCCAGUGCCGCCGGCUUCAUUGGCGAUCUGUGCACCUCCUUCGGUCCGCGCCUGUACCCGCUUCUGGACGAUGCCAUCAUUACUCACUUCCUUUCCGAGGGCAAGCGCUCCAAGGGCCAGCGCACCAAGAUGCUCUGCACCUGGGCCGCCAAGGAGAUCAAGAAGAUUAAUAGCCAGGUCAUCACGCAGUAGAUCGCCUGCUAGAGGUUAAUGUUUCCCUGCUACCCCACCAGACCCUCAAGAUUGUAUGUUAUGGAGCCAAACUGAUAUGAAUGAUCAGAUGCGAUUGAAAGAGAUGAGUGACUCUGAAUCCUUGGAAGAUCGAAGCUGAGCAACGCCUAAAGGAACAUGAACGUUUAUGGCUGUGGUAUGCAAAAUGUGUGAUUGAGUAUGAAGCUUGGUGCUGAUUAUUAUGAUGAUGACACUUGUGCAUUGAAUGAUGAUGAUGAUGAAUUAUGUGAUGAUUGACAAUGGUUGUUUAUGAGAGUGACUGAAGAUGAGAGGAGUAAUAUUUAGAAGAAAUCACCAGCAAACUAAUACAAGACACUCAAAUCAUUUAGCACAAAUUUCUACCUUUUAUACAUACUUACAUUUCCCAUUUUUAUAAACAGUAGGAGUGCGUGAUACUGUGACUGAGAAACUUUGUAUGUUACCAUUCCAAAAACGAAGAAAAAAAACAUUAAAAAUUGAUGCACUAUUGAUUUUGUUACAUCUAGCUGUUAAGAAAUGAGUUCAUGUCACUAGAGUAAGGCAGUAUAAUAUAAUGGUAAUCGGUUGAAAAGCAAGCUCCAAUAAAAAAGCACGGUGGAGAUCCACUUUGGACACUCCACUGUGUAAUCAAAAGGGUUUUCAAUGGGCUUGCCUUUUAACCUUUGCCCUGUGUGCAAGUGGUCGUCGUCUGAUCUAAGUUAAAAAAUAAAUAAACUAAAAACGCAACUGUAA